GCGUCGAUGUUUUUCCGACUUCCCUAGCUGGAAUCAGUUGGUGUAGUAAUAAGCGGAAAGAGUUGAAUAAGGAAAUAGAUUUAGUAAUUUUUUGAUAACCAAAAGUGAAAAUAUUGGGAAAAUGUGCGGAGGAUUUACCUGCUCGAAAAAUGCGCUAAUUGCGUUGAACAUUUUGUAUGUGAUGGUGGGAUUCCUGUUGAUUGGAGUUGGCAUUUAUGCGCGUGCCGCCUCCAUAGUCACAAAUUUACCGAUUGUGGGUGGAAUUUUAGCCUGCGGCGUAAUAUUGAUAUUAAUUUCCAUACUUGGACUGGCAGGUGCAGUGAGGCAUCACCAAGUUAUGCUAUUUUUCUACAUGAUUAUCUUGUUUAUUCUAUUCAUCAUUCAAUUCUCCAUUGCAAGCUCUUGUUUAGCUGUCAGUUCUGAACAGCAAAAAGAGUUCGCUGAAGAAGGCUGGAAUAAUGUACCGGAUUCUAUGCGAAAACAAGUGCAAGAUACUUUUCUCUGCUGUGGCUUCAACUCAACUAAUACUGGAAUGUCCUGUGAAGCUGUAAAUAAACAAUGUUGUCCUAAUUUAAUUAGUGUUUGCUCGUGCGCACCAUGCUUACCCGCAUUGGAGGAUAAGAUCAAUUAUGCUUUUAAGUUAUGUGGCGGUUUGGGCAUUUUCUUCAGUUUCACUGAGGUACUGGCUGUCUUUUUGGCGCGUCGCUAUCGCAAUCAACAUGAUCCACAUUAUCCACCAGCGCGCGCAAUUUUCCCACACAAUUAUCAGUAUUAGUAAAACAAUCAUAAUUUUCGAUUCCGUGGCAAAAAAAAAAAUUAUUAGCGCUGAUCCGAUUUCAUAGCAAAAGCAUUUGGCUAACAUUAACAUACUACAUAUCGUCACUAGACACGAAUAAAGGCGCGAGCUCAAAAUUUGACCGCGAAAAACGACGCUUAAAAAAACUUCAGCGAAGAAAGACUCUUAACCUAGUUGACGACGAAGAAAGACGCGAUAAAAUAUUUGACGGCCAAGAAGGAAGCGUAAACUUAUUUUCGCGGUCAACUAUGUUUGCGGGUGUAAUAGUAUGUACAUUCCGUAAAUAGUUUUUGGGGAAUAAUGCUGAAGUUACAGUCCUUGGCCUAGUAUAAAUCUAUGAUUACGCGUCUUUCUUCGCCGAAGUUUUUCUUAAGCGCCUUUUUUCGUAAAAUUUUUUGUAUGCGUCUUUUUUUACCGUCGAAACAAUAGGGCGCCUUUAUUCGUGUCUAGUGACGAUAUGUAUAUGUAUAUGUAUAUAAAAUGCACUUCCCAAUUUUUAAAUUAGCUAUAUUUUGAAGCACUUUAAUUUAUGUUACAAUAUAUUCAGAGCUGGGUCGUAAUGACUCCUUUAGGAAUUAAAUUACUCCCAAUUACAAAUUACAAGGAAUUGUAAUUUGGAAU